AGUAAGGUGAGGAUGUGCCUUCUCCAUGCUGAGGGCAGUAGUCUCGCAUGCAGAGGGUGACUGGUCAGCCUGGCCUGGAGCUGCAGGGGAGCAGAGCCCUGGAGGGAUGCAGCACCACUUGGCCACAAAUGGAUGCUGGACAGGGCUGGAGUUUGGGCUGCUGGCCGCUGGGUUGCCGUCCUGACGGGUCAGCGACCUGUUGGGUCACCACCCUGCUGGGUUGCCGUCCUGCCACCUCACCCAUUCCUGGGCUCUAAGAGGCAGCCGGGGCUUGGAGUCCCAGGGUAACUCCUCCUCUGCUCGGGAUGCUUUGCUCACGCAGCCACCCACGGUCCAAACAAAAAUGUGCGGGGCGAGGCAGGGAGCCUCCACCUCCCCUCCCGCUACCGGCAUGCACUGACAGCGUUGCACUCCUCUUGACACGGCCGGUCUGGUCCGGAGCACAUCACAUUUUUCCCCCAUUGCUUUUCAUCGGACCAAGCAAGAAGAAGAACAAAGAAAAAAAAAAAGGAGAAAAGUGUACGGCUGUGCAUUAGGACGUCUUUGUGGCCGCGUCUGCAGGCAGGCACAGAGGCUGCUGUUACCACGGCUGUGGUGCACUGGCAGUGCCAAGACAGAGAAGCUGCAUUCAGCACAGAUGCCAGCCUUCUCCAAGAAGUAGGCUCUUCAUCCCCAGUGACACCAGCUCCUGCUAGUAUCAUGGGACCAGACAGUGGCUUCCUCAGCAGUGGUCGGGUCCACGUCAUCUUGUGGGGAAGCUUGGCAGCUGUAACAACACUCUUAUUCCUCACCUUCCUCAUCUUCCUCUGCUCCAGCUGCAACAGGGAAAAGAAGUCCAAACAUCAGAAUGGAGAUCAUGAAAAUCUGAUGAGUGUGCCUUCCGAGAAGGAGGUGUUCAGCCACUCCAUCACCAGCUCCGCCACAGAGCCGCCGCCCAGCAGCGAGCAGAACGGCGCGCUCAGCAAUGGCGACGUGCUCUCAGAGGACAGUACAACUGCCUGUAUCCAGCCUUACGAAGAAGUACAAACAUCUAUCUCUGAUCUGCUAGAACAAGAUAGUCUCGGAAAAUCCUUAAAAUGUCACCAGAGCCGGGAACUACCCAGUAUUCCCCCUAACAAUACCAUGGAGACCAUGAUCUCAGCUAGAAAUGCCGAAAAUGAUCAAGGUCUUGGAAUGGAAGGGCCUUAUGAAGUCUUGAAAGACAGCUCCUCUCAAGAGAACAUAGUUGAAGACUGCUUGUAUGAAACUGUGAAGGAAAUCAAAGAUGUUGGUGCAGCAGCCAACAUGGAAGGAAGCUGCAACAGAAAGUCAGCAGCUUCAGUGAUCGUUAAUGAAGGUCAGGAUCAUACUCCUGAGUGCAGAAUUGAAUCAGCAGAAUAUGCAUCUGUUGACCGAAAUAAAAAAAGUCGCCAAAGUGCUAAUUCAGAAAGUCCUCUCGACAACACACCAGAUGUAGAGGAUGAGCUUCCCCCUCCGGUACCCAUGAAACUUCUUGAUGAAAAUGAGAAUGUGCAAGAGAACGAAGUGGAAGAAGGAGAAGAGACAGAAGGAGCAAGUAAGCCAGAGAAGAGGCUUAGUUCCAUGUCUUACAAGUCUCGAGAGGAAGAUCCAUCUCUUACAGAAGACGAAAUCUCAGCCAUGUACUCUUCGGUGAGCAAGCCGGGACAGGCCAUCAGGGCGAUGGAUUCUCCUUACACCUGUAUUCAAGAAAUUGCAUCCCAGAGGUCCCCGUCUGUUUGCAGUGGCCUCUAUGCAAGCGUGAAGGACUUUGAGAACACCCUCAGUACUACCACUGUGCCUCAGUCGGCGGGCAGGCCCAACGGGGAGCUGGAGCCCGACUAUGAAGCUAUCCAGGCAGUGAGCCAAGACGAAGACAGGACCUUGUCUGUGCCUCACACAAACCACUCCGCUCUGUCGGGAGAGAAUGACUAUGAGAGCAUAGGGGACUUGCAGCACCACAGGGAUGUCACCAGACUUUAACUACUCCGGCAGCCGGGUUUCAGCCUUUGUCUUGUCUGACGGUGUUUCAAAGGAGCAUGCGAAACAAGGAGAGGGAAGCACUUCUUGUUUUGAGGAACAAAGCUAAGUGCGGAACUGAAGGUGUGAAGAAGCCAUGUACGUUUUAAGCCAGUGGGUGAUAUCCAUGGGUGAUUCUGGGUGGUGGACGGAAGCUCACAGGAAGUUUAAUUUUUACUGUUAGCUUUUUAUUGUUAGUUUCUAAAUGGCCAGCAUUCAGGAAGGAGUGCUGUGUUUGUCAUCGUGAUUGGGUUACAUACCAAAAAGCCUGCCUUUACGCAAAGCUAGCUUUUCAUUUUAGAGGAUUAUUUUAUGUCAGUUGCUUUGAUGUGUUUUUCAAGAAUCAUUUUUCAUCCAAGUUCAGGAAUCCACUGAGCAACUCGCAGACCACCACACCUCAGUCAGGCAGACUUUGAGGGCUGGAGAAGGUGUGCUGACAUCUGUCGGGGAGCUCUAAUUCAGCCUGGUAGGACCGUGAGGGUUGAGAUGGGGUCAGAAUGUCAGUAUUCCCAUUCCACUGUCAUUGCAGCUAAAGUGCAAACAACAGUUACUUCACAUCACAAGGGACAUACUGCAAAUGUACUUGAAUUAAUUCCAUAGACUUUGAUUUUUUUUUCUUUUUUCACAUCAGGGGCUGUAAAAUGUGACUUGCAGUAUUUGAGAUGUGUACUGGUAUUUCUAGGAUUUUCCAUUUGACUAUUUGUGAAAUACUGCUUUAAAAUGGCGAAUAGCACCCUUAGCAUUGUCGCUCUGUCCCCCUCCCUGUGCAAACGUGUACCUGCACAUACACAUGCAAGACAUUGGUCAUGUUGCAGAAGGUUGUACAAAUGAAUGUGUUACCAUAACAUUUAGUCUCACCUUAAUAGUGUUAAGUCAUCUUUUGAAGAAUUUUGCCCUUUUUUUAAAGGCUUAAAGUAUUUUAAUACAUUUGAUUAGUGGAUUGCAUAGGAAAAUUUCUGUACUGUUGAGUGGAUGAUAUUUUUCAUUUUUACAACACAUUUUCAUCUUCAAAGCUUUUGUAGGUUAACUUUCUGCUUUAUGUAACGAGAGGAAUUCCGUUCUUUCUUUGGGCUUUAUUUGUUUUUGCUUUAAAUCUUUUUCCUAUUUUAGAAGUAUGUAAAAGAACAAAUCCUUUUUUUUUUUUUUUUUUAAUCUUCUUAAGCAGGGUUGUGGAGCAUGCCUUGCUGUUUUUAAGCUUGAAAUAACGGAGUCUGCGUAAAAAUGCACUGACAGAAGGCCAAAAAAAGGCAGGAGAGUGUAUUUAGUGUGGGUUAGCCACUGGUCAUCCUUGUUCCUCAGCUAGAAGGAGCAGGGGAGUCAGAACUGGUGGGACCAAGAACUACUUGGGGCUCUGACCAGCAGUUGGAAAGCCACUGUCUUUCCAGAGAUACGAAGUUACUCUGUUAGUGUUGAAAACAAAGUACAGUGCUUAGAUGAAAUAAGCAGGUACUGGACUGAUACUCUUGUUUUCUUCAAGAAUGGUACGAUGAGCGGUACAAUAAUACAAGAAUAGCCCAACAGUAGCAAAUAUGCAUUGUAUUAUAUGCAUUUGUACACAGUUAUGUGUACGUUUGUGCGUGUGUCCCUGUGUAUACGCACAUACACACGUGCUUUGUAAACAGGCAUAAACUGUGGUCCAAACUUGGUGGCCUUCACAUAACAUUCACGUAGGUACUAUUGGCAUGUGCUUGAAGGGUAGUUCAUUUUAAUGCAAAAUAAACAGUACACAAACUGGGAUUGGCUCAUUCCAUAUCAGCCUAGCAUGGGUUUAGCAUGGGUUCAGUUGGUACUGAAGUUUGAUGCAUGAGAUUGAGUCCUUCUCAGACCACGCGCCAGUGCGCAGUGCUUGGUACUAUAAAGGGCAAACACACAAAGGGUACACACGCUUCCUAGAAAUAAGCUUAUAAUUGGACGAGGUGCAGUGGUUUCUGGACACAGACUGCAAUGAGCAUGGCGUUGAGGAACAGUGCAGUCAGAUGCCCACAGAAGAAUGUGGACAUCAUGGGGCCCAACCUCGCGCACGGUGAGGUGACACACCUGGGCCAGGGCUCCUUGGGGAGAGGCCAUCCAGCCCAGUCUGCAUCCGCCCUGUUCUUGGUUGUGCUGCCGUGCUUCCACAGCUACAGCCUAUGCUUCCACCUCACUGCAGUGUUUUUUAAAGCGGACUUUGGUCUUCCUUUCCUGUCAAUGUUCCCUUGAAUGUGAAUUCAUGAAGUUCACCUUUGACUGUUCUCUCCUUCUGCUUCACACUGUUUAAGGCCGAAGAGAAAAUGCCUCGCAUUUCAGAAGAUCUUUGCCAAGUUUGGAGACUCUCUGGAGGCAUAGCUACCUGUUUGCUCUAUGCUCCAUGCUCUCUAUAUGUUGUCCUCAGUCUGACACCUGCAGCAUAGUGGGAGCUGUACCCCACACCUGAGGUUCCCACACACAUCUCAGGAUGCAUUUAUCCCUUCAGGACUAUCUUAGUCGUUACAUGGAUGACUGCUUUUGGAGAAGCAGUAGCAACAUGAGGUUUGUCAGGUUCACCACAUGCAAUUUCAUGAGCAGUUUAAAGAUCAAAAAAUAACAAUAGCAAAGAAAAACAUGGUGCUCCUGCUUGCAAAACUUUAAGCUGCAAAAGAGAAAAUAAAGCAUCACUCUUGAAGAAAGCCCCACCAAUAUCAGCGAGUCCAAGGAAGAAAGGCUGCCUGCUCAUAUUCAGUGUCUUUUGGAGCAGAACCAGGAGUGCUGGCUGGGAGGAAGGCUCAGCCCCUUCCUUCCUUUCUUUCCCCUGUUGGGAAAUGCUUUGCCUGCACCCUUCUCAGCCUCCAGCUCUUGGCAGGUGACACGGUAAUGCAGUCAGUGUUUCUUACAGCAUUCAGUCCCAGCUGCCAUCCCUGUUCUGUCCGUGAUCGGGAUUCAGGCUCUGGCUUUGCCGGUCUCCUCUGAACUGCCCGCGGGAGGACUCGCUUCCAGCCCCACAGACCCUCAGCCCGCUCAGGCUCAGGCUCUGUGCUACUACAUGCAAGGUCAGUGCCUGCCCUCACCGCCAGACCCACUGAGCUGUGAAGGGGAUUAUCCUCCUGAACAAGGACAGGUGAGGAGUUACAUCCCUGCAAUCUCCAUUAUGUAGUCUAAUGCUAAAGAAGAAUAUUUUAGAAUUUAGUCCAAUGUUCUGAAAUGAAUAGUUAUAUCACUCGACACAAAAAAAGAACUCAGUUUUCAUUUCCUCUCCUGAGAAGUAAGAUCUACUCUUUGGCUGCUGUUGCCAUGCUUCCUUUUCACUAGUACACUGGAUGGAAAGAUUUUUCCAGCAGAAAUCUUCAAAUACAUGCUUCUACUUAUCUCUUCAUAGCUAUUUGUUUCACUUUCACCAUAUUCCCAAAUAAAAAGUCAACAUGCAAAAUGAA